AUGCCCUGUGUCACUACUAGAAGCCGUGGUAACGGUAGAUCAGCCUCCACUUCCCCUGGGGUUACACAUAACAUGGAUAAACAUGAGAUAGAGUUGUUGCUAGCCCGUAGAGAGGAUGGGAGUGAAUACUUGGUGAAAUGGAAAGGUUGUUCUUAUCGUACAGUAGAGUGGGUGAAGAAGCUUACUCUACUUGAUAAGUUCCCAUCAGCUCUUCAACGAAUUCGUCACUUCGACACUAAGCAUCCAGGAUCAGAGGUGGAGUUCCUUACUCCAAGGAAGACGCGAUUGGCAGCUGCUGAGAAUGGUGGUGGUGGUUGUAGUAGUCUUAUUGAUACUUCUAAGUAUCGGAAUAUAUGUAUGCAACUGAGGAAGUGUUUGGCUCAUCCAUAUCUAUUGGAUGAUGUAGAGGAGGCUCAUAUACAGUCUAAUCAAUCAUCAAAUAUGACUCCUAAGGAGUUAGAGAUGAAGUCCUUAGUUGAGAUGUCUGGCAAGAUGGUAUUCCUAGACAAGUUAUUACCUCGUCUAAUGGAGACGCAACAGAAGGUUUUGGUCUUCUCACAGAUGACCAGAGCAUUAGAUGUGAUAGAGGACUAUCUACUAUGGAAAGGGUAUAAAUAUGAACGUUUAGAUGGUAAUGUAUCGGGGACUCAACGACAGGAAGCUAUUGAUCGAUUUAACGAUACUUCAUCACAAUCAUCACAUGGAGCAUCUAACAAAGAGAUGCCAUGGAUAUUCCUAUUAUCAACAAGAGCUGGUGGGGUUGGUAUCAACCUUACUGCUGCUAAUGUUGUGGUUAUUUAUGAUUCUGAUUGGAAUCCCCAGAAUGAUAUGCAAGCUCAGGCUAGAUGCCAUCGUAUUGGUCAGAAGAAGGAAGUGAAGGUGUAUCGUUUAAUAACGAGAGAUAGCUAUGAGGAGAGGAUGUUUGAUGUAGCCUCUAAGAAACUUGGAUUAGAGCAAGCACUCAUGUCUGGUGUCACUAAGAACUCUAAAUUAGAGUUAUCUAAGAAGGAACUUCAAGACCUUAUCAGACGAGGUGCCUAUGCAGCCUUUGAGGAUGAUGAUGCUAACAACAGCAACCAACAGAGUACAUCUGAUGGCUUCCUUGCAGCAUCUAUAGACGAUAUCCUAUCUAGUGAAAGGACGAAGACUGUCAGGUAUGGUACAGUGGUGGCAGGAGGACAGAAAAGCGCAUUCUCCAAGGCUACCUUUGUAGCUAAUGUAGCCGAUCUCGAGAAGGAUGAUGAUGAGGGAGUAAAUAGAGACAUGCCCUCAUCACAGAGAGUUAAUGUUGAUGAUGCCGAUUUCUGGCAGAAGCUUGCUGGGGAGGACUUUGAUAGGCUAGUAUCACAAGGGUUGGUUGGUAGGUCAUCAUCAUCUUGA